CGCGAUUUUUUGGCAGCACUGUGCCGCGAUUACUCAACGCCGUGACACGGUCGGUCAUUGCCACACACGGAAAUAAUUAAAUAUUACAACUAAUAUUCAAAUAACGUGUUCGUGUAUAACAAAUAAAAAAGAAAAACAUCACAACAAAAUAUUUUAUUACUCAGUGAAGUGGUAUUGUGUUGAAAAAGUGUUCGAAAUAACUUUUUGUUUAGUGUUUUAAAACAGUGAAGUGUUUCAAGAUGAGUAAUUUUACCAAGUUUAUCAAAACUACGCCGAUCACCGAUGACUACGAGAUCUCAAACACAGUACUCGGCCUUGGUAUCAACGGAAAGGUGGUAGAAUGCAAAGAGAAGUCGACAGGAGCUAAGCGUGCCUUGAAGGUGCUGCACGACAACACGAAGGCACGCCGCGAGGUGGAACUGCAUUGGAGAGCACGAGGCUGUAUUCAUAUUGUACAGGUUAUAGACGUGUACGAGAACUCAUAUGGAGGUCGUGGCUGUCUCCUCGUGGUGAUGGAGUGCAUGGAUGGAGGGGAACUCUUCCAGAGGAUACAGGAUAACAGAGAAGGAGCAUUCACUGAACGACAGGCUGCUGAGAUCAUGCACUCAAUCUGCGUAGCAGUACGUCAUCUCCAUGACUCGAACAUUGCCCACCGGGACAUCAAACCUGAGAACUUGCUCUACUCCAGUACCCAACCCAAUGCUGUGUUGAAACUCACCGACUUCGGCUUCGCUAAAGAAACCUUGACUCCUGCUGAUACCCUUCAAACGCCGUGCUAUACACCCUACUAUGUCGCUCCUGAGGUCCUAGGCCCAGAGAAAUACGACAAAUCCUGCGACAUCUGGUCUCUUGGCGUGGUGAUGUACAUCCUCCUAUGUGGCUUCCCACCUUUCUACUCCAACCAUGGGCUCGCCAUAUCUCCAGGGAUGAAAAAGCGAAUCAGAUUAGGGCAGUAUGACUUCCCCGAGCCAGAGUGGUCGAACGUAUCUGCUGAGGCUAAGAAUCUCAUCCGAGGGAUGCUCUCUGUCGAUCCCGCUAAGCGGUUGACUAUUCAACAAGUGAUGUCCAGCCCAUGGAUCCGUCAGUUCACGCAGGUACCGCAGACCCCCCUUUACACCCACACAUUGCUGCGCGAGAGUGGGGAAGUAUGGGCGGAUGUCCAGGAUGAGAUGACUCGCUCCCUCGCCACCAUGCGCGUGGAUUACGAUCAGGUGACGGCGAGUGUUCAAUCCCUGUCUUUUUCUAAUAAGGUACAAAUCAAAGCGUUGGAACAAAGCAACAAUUCGCUACUGAACAAACGAAGAAACAAAGUGGGCGCCUGAUGCUCCUGCCGACACCGUACCGAUACUCGGCGUGAAUAUAUCAAAUGAACAUUAAAUUUAGUGAAUUAUCCAAACUGUUUCGUUGUAAAAGUGAUAUAAAAAUAUGUGUAACUUUUUCUUCUUCGCACACGUAUGUAGGACAACGCCAUCUAGUUUGUGAAAGUGGAACUUCUUUUUUGGUGUUGUAUUUUCGCACUUAGAUAUUGUUUUUUGGUUCGUUUUUCUUUGUGGUAGAAAUAAGAGAGUAGAAUAGAGUUAUUAAUAUAUGUUCUUGUGUCCUUCAGUGUUUUCAUGGUUGUAUCAAAUCCUUGAUGCACAGAAGCUGAAAUGUAAGCAAGCAUAUUACAAAAAAAAUAAGUAUUUUUAAACGUUUAACCACACUACAAUUUGCUCCCGUGUCGUGGGUGCGUUUACAAACAUACAAGUUCACAUACACAUGACACCCAGACCCGGAACAAUAAUUCGUGGAUCACAUUAACAAAAUACAGAUUUUUGCUUUUAAUUUACUUUAUGACUUAAAAAAAUGUGAAAUUUUGACUGUAGUACAUCACUGCCUAUCCUCUUAAGGACAAGGCAUUAUGUUUAGUUUGACAUCACAAUAAUUUUAUUUUUUAUUAAAUAGUAUAAAGUGGGUGUUACAUUGUUAAGUGCACCUCUGCUUACCCCUUUGGGAAUUAUGAGUCGUGAUGUUAUAUUAUUUUUGUUGUGGUUGCUAUAUCGUACGCAUCGUACGCAUUCCGUAUGACGUCAUCAGUACGCAUCGCAUGUAGGCAUUGCCGAUGAUGCGGUCCGUACGAUGCGGAUCAGUGGACGCAGUUGUAUGAGUUUCUAUACAAGACAAACUAAAAUCCGUUGCGUACGAUGCGUACGAUGCGGGCCUGUGGACGCUUACCUUUAGUGAUCUAUGCUACGACUGCCAAUCGCAUUCUAAUUCAUAUAUCUUACAAAAAGGUCAAAAUCACAAUUUUUAAUAUUUUUUAUUUUAUUUAAGAUAACGUUUAUUAUAAUUGAUAACAUCACGAUCAUAAACUUAUGAUCUACAAUUACUGGAUAGAUUAACUAACUUCAGUGGCGUAGCUAUCGCCGUAUCAAUUAUACGGGGGCCUCCAUACAUGGGCUAGCUGUUAUAGCAGCGAUAAGUCCUCACUUUGAGUGGUUUGAGAGACCUCACUUACCACACACGGGUGCUUACCGGACACGCAAGUUUUGGUAGAUACCUGGCGCCUUAGUCUGCUAUUACAAUUGUGUCAGAAUGGUCGAUCACUGAGCAGUGCGAGAGGGACGGAGCUAUGUAGGUUGUAUAGCUCCGUCCCUCUCGCAAUGCUCAGUGAUCGACCAUAAUUUUUUAUUCGAGGCUCCACUAAGUCACGCCACUGACUAACUUAUACAUUAUUUUAGUCAUCUUUGAUGAUAUUGCUAAAGACGUAUUUACAUAAACCGAACUAAAUUACUUAUUAUGUUAUCGGCUUACUCAAGUAACUGUCGUGUCGCCGCGUCGCGGAAUGCUGCUCAUGAAUAUGAGCCUCUAGCAUGGCUUGAAACUAGUCGAGUUCCUAGUUAAACAGUUACGUGAGUAUUAAAAAUUAUGGGAUUCGCGUCCUUCCAUCCUUAAUGACAAUUUACAUUCAAUCAGUUCCAAAGAGUAUACAAAUACUACGUAAUCAGUUCAUUCAAAAUGUGUGUUUUAACUUGCAACACUUUUUAAUGUCGUCGUCGCAAUAGUUUUGUGCAACGUCUUUAAAUUUAAUGGAAUAUUAGCGAUAAUGACGGAUUAACUAAUGUCGAUUUUAAACACAGUUUUCUGCAACUGGGUGUAAGCCGGUAACAUAAUAAUUAUUUUAGUAUGUCUCACGAAAGUUAUAAUAAAAUUAUUAACAGAAUUCACUAAGAUUUUGACAUUGUGUUCAACGUGUAGGACUCCUUCAGGGUUCAUUCCUGACUCGUGCUUAAUACAUGAUACACAUCUUUGAUUUGUAAAAUUACAAUUAGACAGUAAAUAUUAUUGUAUAAGGUAUUUGUUUUGUUAUUUCUUUUUCCUUUGUUUUUUUUAAAGGAAAUAUACUUUAUAUUGGUUUUAAAUGAAUUGGGGUAGGGUUUAUAGAAAAAUAUCAUUAUUUUAAAGUAACGCCGUUGUUUAAGUCUUUGACUGCCAAUAGAAAACUGUUGAAGGCAAAUCCUCCGCUAACGUCGGUCACCGGUGACCACCACGGCGUCCAAUGUGAUAAAGCAUUUUUAAUUAUUUCUCAUCUAUUACUUAGGCAGCUGAAAUUAUUUUCAGAUGUCCAAAUAAAUAUUUUAGUCAUAAGUUGGAUUUGACCUAUAUCUAUUCGAAAUUUCAUUAAAAUCCGUCCACCCGUUUUUGAGUAAUCGAUUAACAAAUGUUUUUUAUAAUACAUAUUUUCAAGCUUUUUAUCGAAAUUAUAGUUAUUUUCACAAAUAUUUAAGUAUUCUGUCUGUCUGUUUACCCCUCUUUAAAAUAUAAAUGGCGUGAUAUUAGUCUCUACCUACCCCUUUUCAUUAUAAUCGUCUGUUUAGUAAGAAUAGCUAAAUAUAAGGCUAGCAAUAUAACCCUUAAUACAGCGUAAUAAGGGCAUUUAAGAUUAUCUAAAAACCUUAGAUAUAUUUACUUAGUAUUUUUUGAGUAAAUGCUUACAAAUUUAUGUGUAGAUUUUGACUUUAAAAGUAUGGGAUCUUGUUUUGUUAAUACAAAUCAAAUUACUUUAAUGCAUCUAUAGUGUACACUGUAUAGUGUGGUCUACAAUUUUAUACAGUAAUACUAGCGGACCCGACAGACGUUGUCCUGUCUACACGUCUUUAAUUUGAAAAUUUGUCGGAUCCAAUGUAAAACAUUCCAAAAUCAACAACUACUAAUAAAUUAAAAAAAUAUACAUUGUCCAGCGGACAAAAUUGUGAAUUUAAACCAAUCUCAGAUCCCCUUGAACACACAUAAAAAUUUUCAUCAAAAUCGGUCCAGUCGUUUAAGAGUAGUUCAGUGACAUACACGCUUACAGAAGAAUUAUAUAUAUAAAGAUAUGUUUUGACUGCCUCGUUGGCCGAGUGGUUGCAAGUGCGACUUUACACUGACAAGUAAUACUGGGCUUUUUUCUGUUUUUCGAAACUUUCUCAGUAGUAGCACGGAGUCAGAAAAAGUGGCUCACCCAUAGGACUUAAAUGACACAAAUGGUGAAAAUUAUAAUUUAAGUCUUUGACUGCCAAUAGAAAACUGUUGAAGGCAAAUCCUCCGCUAACGUCGGUCACCGGUGACCACCACGGCGUUCAAUGUGUUAGAAAUAAAAAAGUCAGUUUUGAUUCGAGAGUUAGCUAAAGUAUUAUUUUAGUUUUCCAAAGUAAUCUGAAUAUGUAACUGUUUUAACCGACUUUCCCAAAAGGAGGACGUUAUUUUUGUAGUAUUUCCUUCUAAAAUAAUUUUGUAUUAGUAAAAUAAGGUCCUGUACAUAAAAAUGGCUUCUAGACUUAGUAAAUAAUAAUAAUAAGAAAAUGUAUUACUUAUUUCUAAUGUAAAUACACUAUCACACGGUAUGUUUACUUAAAACUAAAUAUUUGUCUCAAAUAUUUAAAUAAAUAUACAUAUUUUGCUGUAUUUUUAUACACCAAACAAUCCCAUGAUGUUUCCAUUACCUAGAAAAUUUCGAAAAAUGUCUUAAAAAAAUCAUAUAUUUCUUUUAUUCUAUGUGUAUUUUCUAAAUUGUCAAUUUUCUCUGUCCUUUUGUAAAGUAAUUAAAAUUGUGAGGUGCUGCCUAUAAAAUAUAGAAUCGCUAUGUAUUAGAAAGUAGUAAAUGUAUAAAAGUAUAUGGAAAUUUAUAAAAAAAAAAAUAUGAGUGAGUGAUUAAUUUGUAUGGAAUAUAAAUAUUAAAUAAGGCUGUACUAGA